AUGAAUAUCUUCAACAAGCCAGCCAGUGGCACUAAUACUGGCGGCUCAUUGUUCAGUGGCCUAGGAGCAUCUAACACUGCGCAGCAGUCGACAGGAGGAUUUGGUGCAGCAAAAGAGAAACCCUUCUUCAAUUUAGGGCAGUCAGCUACUCAAACAACGCAGUCUGGAGGUCUAUUUAGUGGGCAAUCACAGCAGACACAGCAACAGCAACCCAUUAACUCCUUCUUCAGUGGCACGCAAACCCAGAAUCAGCAAGCAGGAAACAGCUUUUUCGGAACCACGCUCAAUCAGAGCCAGCAACAGCAGCAGCCGGUUCAGAGACCACUCGACCAGACUUUGCGCUUCGGAUUCGGCGAAUCGCAACAGACCGCAGCUCAAGCGCAAGCAAGCAAAGAUCCAUGGUGGCAGGAAGGAAGAGGCAUGGGUGUGCUAAGGUCGAUCCCGCAGCAGAUGGAGCUGAUCAAGGACAAAUGGGAUCCUGCAAGCUUGAAUUCGCCUUUGCGAAUCUACCUAUACCAGCAUGUAGGCAGUGAAUCAGAAGCACUCAAGUUCUCACCUGGUCCAGGGGAGGAUCCUGACAAAUGGGAAGAUGCUGUGCAAAAAAGACCUGGUCCUGAAUGGGUGCCUGUACUUGCCCGUGGAUUUAGAGAGCUCGGGGCUCGAAGUCAGAAGCAACGUGAGGCAGUUGGGCAUUGUAAUAUGAUGCUGAAUGAGAUCAAUAAUUCUCUGGACAUUCAAUUAGACACGCAUCGGCAGAAAGUAGCUACCAGACUUGAAGAGAGUAGGCGACGACACAAGGCCAUCAGUCAGCGCACGCUAGCACUUGCUGCCAAGGUUCAAAUACUCAAGAACAGAGGCUAUGUGAUGGACAAUGCAGAAGAAGAUCUGAAAGUGAAGUUGGACUCUCUGGAGAAAGAGGUGCUGGACCCGUCAAUACAUGCUCGAGAACAAGAGAUAUGGGCUCGCAUGUUGGGCAUUCGGGAACGAGCUCGCUAUCUCAAGGCGGAGAUGGAGAAGCUAGACCCAACAGUGCAGCAGGCUCAAGAACCUCUCCUAGAUAGUGACACUCUACAGCAAGCGAGAAAGACAUUGAGCGCUUAUGAUACGCAAUUGAAACACCUUCAGAAAGAGAUGCAACUGGUUCAGGAGGAGUACAGCGAUUGGGAGCGACUAUCGAGGACUUCUCUGUACGCCCGAUAA